UUGCUGAGUUUAUGCUCUGCCCUUGGUGUCUUCCUAAGUAGAAUCUGCAGGUUGAUGAAUUAAAUUUAGCUCAAAUUGGUCCAAAAUUUGAGCAUCACGAGAUGUUUCCUGCCCGAACUAACACAGAAUUUGUUCAAGUCUUCUCUCGUUCACAUCUAAAGAUGCGUGUGUGGGAGCGUGGGGCAGGAGCAACACUUGCCUGUGGAACUGGAGCUUGUGCCGUGGUGGUUGCAGCAGUUCUUGAAGGUCAUGCUGGGAGGAGUUGUACUGUUGAUUUGCCUGGCGGGCGACUAGAGAUUGAGUGGAGUGAGAAAGACAACCGUGUGUAUAUGACUGGCCCAGCUGAGGUAGUGUUCUAUGGAUCAGUGCCCCUAUGAUGUUAUCUUCAAUUUCUUCACAUUCUGUGAAGAUUGUUUGUAAUAAACUCACCUGUACUUUGUAGAAAUGAAAGAUUUUAAGGUUUGAGUAUGUUUGUCUGGCUUUAGGAGAGUUGAAUGUCUGUAGCCAUUUUUUUAAAGCUUUUUUUGGUAUAUCACAAGGGGAUGGAUUUUGCCCACUAUUUCUCUUUAAAUUGUAAAGUCAUAUUGGAGGGUUUGCCAUCUUUUCUUCUAA